GUAAACUUUAAUUCGAGAAAUGAGCGAUUCAAUGGACAUUCAUUUUGCGCAACUGUAGAUUGGUCAGAUCUCGAGCCGCACGAGAAGAAGGGGGGAGAUGUUAAAAGUGGAGCCAAGUUUCAGCCGUCCCUGGAAACCAGAUGGGGUCUGAAAGUGCCCCGCGUGCUCGCGUUCGAGGAACAUAUUCGUGCAGUAUUAGUGUUCACGGGAACGAGUAACCUGUCGCACCUUUUUAUCUAUCGAUCGUCAAGUAUCACGUUCACCAACGUCACGUAAGAACAUUGUCACAGGUGACUUGUCCGAUUUACGUGAAAGACAGUUUCCGAAUAGUUCUGGUUGCGUUGAACGAAUCCGUCGUUCGUAGCGGGAAAACAUUCCGGACGAAAAGGAAACAUCUCCAGGGACCGUAUCAACAGGAUCAUCUACUUUCUAGGAUCCUGCGUGAUAAACAAAACUGGAUCGACAAGUAUGAAGAUCGCCACGACCUUGUUCCUUUUCGUGGUUGUCGGAUGCACGUGGCGAGAGACGCUAGGGACAUGCGUGUUUCAGUCGGACUUUGGUUUUGCGCUAAACUGCGCCUUCAAAAAGUCUGGCCUCUUUCGAGUGCGAAAUCUUGGAGGUGUCAAAGGCUACGUCGGCCUGGGGUUCUCUGUCGGCGACGAACUGGGCUUUCCUCAAUCGUUGUCGAAUGUAGAGGCUGCCAAAAGGAGAAGCGUCCAAAUCAGCAGGGGCAAUGUACCGUCAUUUACUAAUUCGGCAACCAAUCGAGAAGAUGUCAGACAACACGCGCAAAGUUCACGUCAAGUGGUUCCUCCUUUCAAACCUUUGCCGCCUGGAGCUACAAGACCAAUUGCUCAGCAACCAGAACGCCAGAAAUUAGUCGUUCAACAGAAUUCUACGGUUCUCAGGACCAUACCCGCGCCAGCUUUGUCAUCGACGCAACAGGAUUUGAUGAGGCAGCAGCAGCAGCAGCAGCAGCAUCAGCAACAACAACAACAACAACAACAACAACAACAACAACAACAGCAGCAGCAGUUGGCGCAACAGGAAGCGAAGCAAAAGCAACAACAGAGACAGCAGCAAGAGGCAUUUGCGUUGCAGGUGCUGAAACAACAACGCAUGCAGCAACAGGAAGCUAUGAGACAACAACAGCUCCAAAAGAUGCAACAGCAACAGAAGCAGCAGCAACUGGUGGCGCAACAUCAAAAGCGACAUCAACAAAUGACUUCGACGCAGGUGAAGAGGGAUCAGACGCCACAGAUACUCGCAGUUGCAUCUACAAUGCCAGGCAAGUUGCCUAACAUUGUCGCCGCGAUUCCACCACCUAGCAGCAUAGUAGAAUCUGAAUCAUCAUCGAAACCGAUAACUUUAGGACUGCCACCGUUCAUCACUAUGCCGCCAUCGUCUGCACAGUUAACCGAUCGAAUUAGCAACAGUCCUACAGUUCUGGAAGACUCUGAUAACGAAGUGUCGAAAGAUGAUUUCAAUCAGCUACCUUUACCCGGGGACGAGGCCGCUUCUUCGGUGAACGAGAUGACUUUACUUUCUCUCCAGCCAAUCUCAUCCGAAUCCAAUCAUGCCUUGAAGCAACAGCAGAACGAGAAACGACAAUCUUUGCCAUCGUCUUUGCCAUCCCUGGCGCCCAUUCAAGGGAUGGAGACGUCUUUGAAAGCUCUGGCAGAAGCCAGCAACAUCACUCUGGAAGCUUUAGAAGCAGCGAUCCUACUUAGGCAACAGCAACUCUUGCGCAAGCAACAGGGACCCACUAGUACGACUACGAGCACGACUACGACUGUGUCUCCUCCAAAAAAUAAAUAUAAUUCUGGAGCUACCAAAGUGAUGAACGCGCCACGUGAAUAUUAUCCGCUGGGUUAUGACAAGAAUUUCGACGAUAAUUUCGCCAGUCGAGUGGAUCUUCCAGAUACGAGCUUCUAUUGCGGUGAUCAGAAACAUUUCCCUGGACUUUAUGCUGACGAGGAUCUUGGAUGCAUGGUAUUUCAUGUCUGCGCGCUGACGGAUGAUGGCUUGAUCAUGAAGAGCUUUCUGUGUCCCGAAUCGACGUUGUUCGACCAAACGAUCCUGAAAUGCAAUUGGUGGUUCUACGUCGACUGCAAAUCCUCGAAAGGCCUGUACGACAGCAACAUACCGAUAAGCAAGAGCUACCAACUCAUGAAAGCUCUAGCAUUCUUUUCAGCGUACAAAAACCAUGAAAAUAGUACAACCAAUGCUCAAGAAAGCUCGGAUACCGAGAGCUCCUAAACUUACCUCGUAAGGAACCUGAUUCGUCGACCUUAGUAUAAUAGUUGGGGCAUCUUCGACAGACUUUGGUCGGUUCUACGAUUGCCAAUUUAAUGUUCCUUUAAUCCAUUAAGUCUCGAGAUACUUAAAAUUAACUCACACACUGUGAAACGUCGUGCUAUAUUAUGUCACUUGUCCUUGGCGAAGACUUUCUUCAAUUAACCAAUCAUUUCCAAGUUAAUUCCUUUCUCAAAGGACAGUCUUAAUGGGUUAGAUAGGACUUUUCGUAAUAAUCGUUUCGUAAGACGAGGGAUAUACUUUGAUAGCUUUUCGUUUAGUGCUGCAACGAUUAAUUUUCUAACAAUAACACACACACGCGCGCGCGCGCACGCUGCCGUUUCUAUCCCAAACGAUAAGUAUGUACAUAUAAUUUAUUGUAUUAGAACGUAAUGUAACCGUAGCGAGUAAUUUUUUACGAUAACGUUGUAAAUAGU